CCUGGCCCCUCGGGAGCGCCCUGGAGUCGCCUAUUGGGGGGGCUUCCUUUUUAUACACACCACUAGUUUUCUCUCUGUGCUAUGGGAGAUGUCAAAGAAUCAAGAAUGCAAAUACCACCGGAAACUCCAGGAAGGAUCCCGGUUUUGAAUCCUUUCGAAAGUCCUGGUGAUUAUUCUAAUCUCCAUGAACAAACUCUCUCCAGUCCUUCUGUUUUUAAAUCAACAAAAUUACCAACUCCAGGGAAAUUUAGAUGGUCUAUUGAUCAACUAGCUGUGAUAAAUCCUGUAGAAAUAGACCCAGAAGACAUUCAUCGUCAAGCUUUAUACUUAAGUCAUUCUCGAAUAGAUAAAGAUGUGGAAGACAAAAGACAAAAAGCCAUUGAAGAGUUUUUCACAAAAGAUGUCAUUGUACCCUCUCCUUGGACUGAUCAUGAAGGGAAACAGCUUUCAGAGUAUCAUUCCAGUAAAUGUAUUAAUAUAACUAGUGAAUCUCCAACUGGAAGAAAACUGACCAUCCAUUCUGAGAAAAGCAAUGCUGCUUGUCAGACAUUGCUGUCUCUUCCUGUGGAUUUUAAUUUAGAAAAUGUAUUAGGUGACUAUUUUAGAGCUGAUGAAUUUUCAGAUCAAUCUCCUGGAAACCUCAGUUCUUCGUCCCUCAGAAGAAAGCUGUUUUUAGAUGGCAAUGGAAGUAUUUCUGACUCCUUACCUCCAGCUUCUCCCAGAAGUCCUCGCAGUGGUGCUCAAGCCUCAGUUGAGGUUUUUUAUUCGAUAGAUUUAUCUCCUGUACGGUGUAGGAGCCCUGUGCAGACACCAAGUUCGGGGCAGUUUUCUUCCAGCCCUAUUCAGGGCAGUGCAAAAAAAUACAGCUUGGGAAGUAGAACCAGCCCUUCACCUCUUUCUUCACCCACUUUCUCACCAAUUGCAUUUCAGAUAGGAAAGACUCCACUCUCGGAACAAAGGAAGUUUACUUUUCAUUCUCCUGAUAAUUCGGCUGGAACAACAAAUUCUAAUGGAAUUACUAAUCCAUGUAUCAGAAGUCCUUAUAUAGAUGGCUGCUCACCAAUUAAGAAUUGGUCUCCUAUGAGACUCGAGAUGUGUACAGGCGGUACUCAGUAUCGGACCUCCCUGAUUCGGAUACCUUUCGCUCUCGAGGCUCACGGGGAAGAUGAAGAAGAUCCGGUGAAUCUUCCUUCCACAGAAUCCUCGUCACCAGCCAUGGACACGGGUGGAGUACACCUGCGGCAGGUGACCAGUGACACUUCUGCACAUGGCACACGUUUGGUAGUGACUGCCAUGUCUAUUACACAGAAUCAGUCCAGUACUUCUGAGAAAGAAUUAGCACUGUUGCAGGAUGUUGAAAGUGAGAAGGAGAACAACACUGUGGAUAUGGUUGAUCCUAUAGAAAUAGCAGAUGAGAACACUUGGAUUAAGGAGCCGGUUGAUAAUGGGAGUUUGCCCAUGACUGAUUUUGUGAGUGGGAUUGCCUUCAGUAUUGAAAACUCUCAUAUAUGCAUGUCACCUCUUGCAGAAAGCAGUGUCAUUCCUUGUGAAAACAGUAACAUUCAGAUGGAUAGUGGCUAUAACACACAGAAUUGUGGAAGCAAUAUUAUGGAUACUGUUGGAGCAGAUAGUGAUGCACAAACCUUGGAACUUGAGAAUAAAUCUCAAGUUUUUAAUACAAAGGAAGACCGUGUAACACAGAGGUGUUGAAUGAAAACAGCAACUCCUCCUCAAGGCAGCAGUCCAUAGAAUACCUCUCAGAACCAAAGACCAGUGGCUCCUCACAUAAUUUUUUAUGCACAGGAUCAAUAAUGUGAUCGUGAUUGGGAAAAAGUUGCUUCAACUAACAUGCUUCGCUUUUUUUUUUCCUCCCUUAAUGUGAAAAA